AUGGCAACAGCUGAAGUCCUAGUCCAACAACCCACACCAGCGGGCGGCGCAACCAAACCUAGUAUCCACAGCGGGGGCAUCGGAUCCCGUGUAGGAGGGCUGCUCAAGUCCAAAGGGAAGAAACCCGAGGAAGUCAAAGGGGCUCCUUCUCCUUCAGACGGUGGUCAGACUAGCGAAACCGCUUCUGCUGUCGCUGCUGCUGCUGCUGGCGAAGUAGCCAGCCAGAAAUCAGACGAUGUACCGCGCUAUAAGCGAUACGCGAACACAGCUGUGAAGGCGUUUGGGAAGAAAGGUCGCAGCAAGGAGGCUAGCGAAGCCUCGAAGGAUAGUGCGGACGCUCAAACUGAGGCUGUCGUCGUUGUCGAGAAGCCCGCGGAGACCCGAGAGGGAGAACAGGCGUCUGAAACGGCUCCUGGCGACGCUGUAAAGGAGGCCGACGGCGAGAAACCCUUGCCUGAGCCAACGGAGAAGGAAACUGAGCAGCCGACUCCGUCAGACGAUGCAGCUGCAAUGUCGCCUAGCUCACCGGCGUCCCCAGCUAUCAAGCUUGCUCGUCGAUUGUCCCACCGAGCCGGCAACGCACUCAAGAGGUCUACCUCCAGGACUCGCUCAGCCUCCGAUGGACAGGACGAUGCUACGACCUCCCCGAAUGCGGAUACAGCAGCACCGCCCGUGUCCAAAGCCAGCCUCCUCGCCAAGCAAGUUUCCUCUCGCGCUGGUGACCUCUUCACCCUCAAAGGCAAGGCAGGCGACGCUACUGCGAAGGAGAAUGGUAAAGACGAAGGCAAAGAUGAGACGAAGGAGGAUAACACAGCUGCAGGAGCUUCGACCAGCGAGACUGGGGACGCCAAACCUUCCGAGUCAGCUGUGACCGACGACACCGAACCUCCCUCCACCUCCCCCAUCGACAAACCACUUCCCCAUCCCCCCACGCUAACCCGCCGGCUCUCCUCCCGCGUUGGCGAUAUGGUGGCCAAAGCCAAACUCAAAGCCGCAGACGUCGUCGAACACGUUCACGUUCAUUCGCCCAAGUCCCAGGCUGACGCCGCCACAUCGACUGUAUCGGCACCUGCUUCUGAGCACCCGACCAGGCCAAAGCUUACCACCCGUCUCUCGAGCAAGGUCGGCUCGUUGAUCAAGUCCCCUGGAGGUCACGCUGCUGCGAAGGAGGGAGAGGUGGUCGCUGUGAAGGCCGAUGGCUCGACUGAAAUCAAGUCUGCAGACGAAGCACCUAAGGCGGACGAUGUCGUUGUUGUAGCUGAUGAUACCAAGCCUGAUACCCCAGAUGCGCCCAAGGACGCGGACGAUAGAGCGGAAGAACCUAAAGUCGAGGAAGAGGCGACGACGGCUGACGGAGUCAAGGUGGAUGACACCAAACCCACCGACGAGACUGAAGACAAAGCCGCCGCAGCGCCUGCUGACGCAGUGGAACAACCCGCAGACGCCCACCAGGCGACGGGGGGAGGAGGUAUAUUCGGUCUUGCAUCUCGUAUCGGAGGAUUCGUCAAGUCGAGGAUCGUGUCCGACUCUGAAGCACCUCCGCCUCUCCCGCCCAAGGAAGCCGACAAGGAGAAAGGUGACGAGGGAGGUGUCGUCGAAGGCGAAGGCGAGGACGGGGACAAGGAUGUAGACAAGGCGAAGGAAUCAGAAGGAGAAGGCGAGGCAAAGCCAGCUGAAGCCUCCGAAGACUUCAAAGCCGAUGCCCAGUCUGCAAUCGAGGACGAAAUACACAAGGAACCCUCAGACGAGACCAAACCACCAGUCGACGAUGUACCUACCGCCGCGCCUCCAGCAGAGCAAGCCCCUGCCUCUGCACCUGCGCCUUCCCCUGCAGCGGCCGCACCGCCCCCAGCACCUCCCACCUCCUUCCAACGAACCCACUCCAAGACCGAAGGCGUUCAGAAGCUCGGAAGACGACUUUCAGCCCGUGUCGGCGACGUGUUCAAGGCGAGUUUGAAGGCUCCCAAGGCACCCGCUCCGCCGCCCAAGGAUGAUGUGAAGGGGAAAGGGAAGGAGGUUGAGGAAGGUGGUACUUCAGCACGGGAGGAUGCCGAGCCCAAGGUCGAAGGUCAGGAGACCCCAGGGGACGGUGCUGAGGUGCCCAAGAAGGAUGGUACUGAACAGCCCGAUGCCAACGCUCAGCCGGACGAGUUCGUAGUCGUCGAUAACAAGGACGCUCCCAAAGCUUCAGCCGACGAAUCCACCACCGCCACCACGACUGUUCCCGCCACCCAACCCCCAGCCUCGACUUCUUCUUCGGCCCCUCCUUCGAGCUUCGCCAAACCCCGUCAGACCGCCAAGAAGAUCGGGCGAAGGCUCUCCGCGCGGGUGGGGGACAUGUUCAAGAAGGACCAGGCUAGGGAGAGGGAGAAGGAGAAGGAGAAAGAGAAAGAAGGGGCUGUUGUGGCGACGCCAAUUGAGAACCAGGUCGAGCAACCUGCAGCCCCCUCUGAAGCAGCGCCUCAACCCGACGGCGAAGGCACCGCCGAUGACGACAAACCCCAACCCGCCGAGGACGACGACACCGCUACCCCACCCCCAUCCUUACCACACGCACCGGUACAAGCGUCCGACUCGACCGAAGCCGUCGAAAACCACUCAGCUCCCUCCACAGCGCAGGACAAAGGCAAAGGCAAAGACAAACUUGCCACCACCACCACCGCCGCCGCCGCCGCCGUGAAAGACAAAGACGCCGCCCUCCCCGAAAAACCGCUCCCCUCCAAACCCUCCAAGUCAGCGCGCGCGAGGGAGGCGGCGUUGGAUGCUAAACGCCAGUUAUCGAUCAGGGCGAGCGAGUUGUUGAAGCCGAAGCCUAGGUUGGAUGUUCAUCUUGCCGGUGGUGCGACUAGUCCCACUAGUCCAACCAGUGGAGAUGUUAAAGGGAAGGGCAAGCAGAAGGCGGCGGCCGAUAAAGACGAGUUUGUUGUCGUUGAAGGGUUGGGCGUGGAUGCCGAAACGGGCGUGGUGGACGUGACGACUGCGCCACAGGGUGUCACCGUCGAAGGAGAACCUGCUGGCACGUCGACCAACAACGACGCAGGAGGGGGAGCGACUGGAGCCACGGCAACAGGCUCGACUUCCCCGCCGGUUACCUCGGCGAGGACGCGCAAGACGAGUGUCACUGAACUCGGUCGACGGCUUUCGACGCGUGUGACGGGUGCGUUGGAUGGGUUGAAGGCUAGGGCUCAUGCGGCUGCUUCGUCUUCGAGAGGUAGUGCUGUUCCUCCACCUACGCCUCCCAAGGACGAACCUGCAGUGAAGGACGAGGGGAGGCAGGAGGAUGGUGCUCCUGAGCCCGUCGCGAAGGACGAAGACACUGGUACAGAACCAUCCGCUGAAACUGAAGCUGCGACGUCACCUGUAAACGAAAACGAGAAGACCGAAGCUCAAGCCACCGACGCUGAAGCCCCCGUCCCACCUCCCAAACCCACCGAAACUGCCGACUCCGAAGCCAAAGACCCCCACUCGAAGCGCAUCUCGACUCGCGUAACCGAGUUGAUCAACAAGGCGAAGCACAAGUUCCCCAGCGAUUCGUCACGACGAGGCGACAAGGAAGCUGAAACCGUAGAUUCGGAGGAAUGGAACGUCGUUGAGGGUGGUGGGGAGAGCGAAGCUCAGGUUGAUGGUGCUGCUCCCGCUGAGGGUGUUCCUGCAGCUACUAGCACUGAUGGCGCUGCGACGCCAAAUGGCAAACGCAAGCAUCGGCUGAGUCUUAAAUUCCGUGCUCCCAAUUUGAAGGGGUCGAAGAAGAAGAGUGCGAAGAGUGAGGGUGGGGAGGGGUCGAAGACCAGUAGUAAGGCGGGUUCGCCUGAGAAGGAGCUGCCUGAGCCUAGCCCUGAGGUUCCACCCAAAGAUGAAGUGGCGGCGGGAGAGAAGGAUGGGGAGGGAAGGAAGGACUCGGAGGAUGUCGCGAAGGAAGACGUGGUGAAGGAGGAGAAGGGCGCUGUCUCUCAGACUGAGACAAAAGACGCUGUCGAGGAGAACAAGAUUGUUAACGUGGGGGAUGACGUUGAAGCUGAUGCUCCUGCUGUUCCCAAGAAGGAUACCGUAGAGGGGUAAGCCCUGGUCUUUACGACGAUUCUGAAUACCCUUUAUUAUUCGUUACUUAUUGGGUUUCACUGUGAAACCUCCUACGAUACCCCAUUACUUAUGCUGCUCAUUCUUUCUUGUUGUCUCAUUAAUCUCGCCGCGCCAACCACAUACCACUAUUACUACUCGCGGUUCGAGCUAUCCAUGUAUACUUCGUCUUCUCUUGGAACUGUCUUUGUUGUUGUUUUAAUACGUUCGUUGUUGUACUACCUUCGUUAUUCGAGCUGUAAUUUCUUC